GCCCAGUUCCGCCUCGGGAGCGAUCGAUGGCCGCCUAGGCUGCGGCUUCCCUUCCCCUCGCUUGCCUCAGCGUCGGGACAUGUGCCUGCCUCGGCCCGCGAGGAGGAGGAAGAGGCGGCGGCUGCUGCGCGGCGGAAACAGCCAGUGUUGAUAAUUUAAAGAUAUAUAGUGUCAUUUUGAAAAGACAUAUCUAUAAACAUGCCUGCUGUGGCAUCAGUACCUAAAGACCUGUACCUCUGCACUUCACUGAAAGAUCUUAACAAAAAGACAGAAGUAAAACCUGAGAAAACCAGUACUAAGAGUUAUGUACAGAGUGCCAUUAAGAUAUUCAAAGCUGCCGAGGAGUCCCGGUUGGACAGAGAUGAAGAGAAAGCAUAUGUGUUUUACAUGAAGUAUGUGUCUGUGUAUAACCUUAUUAAAAAGAGGCCUGAUUUCAAACAGCAACAAGAUUACUUUCAUUCAAUGCUUGGGCCUACAAACAUCAAAAAAGCUAUUGAAGAAGCUGAAAGACUUUCAGACAGUCUUAAACUCAGAUACGAGGAAGCAGAAGUACGGAAGAAACUAGAAGAAAAAGAAAGACUAGAAGAACAGCAGUUGAAAAAGCAGGAAUCAAAAGAUGAUGCAAAACUGUUGGCCAAAACUUCUCCAGAAAUUUCAUCAGAUCUCAAAGGAAAAAAACAAGUGAUCAAUGGUGAGAAGAAGAGUUCUUCAGAAAGAAAGGAUCCACCUGAAACUGGAACAAUCACAGCAGAGAAAUUGUUUACAAUGAUGAUGGACAAAAACAUCAAAUUGAUGAUAAUGGAUGCCCGGUGCUUGAAGGAUUACCAGGAGUCCUGCAUUGUAAACUCUGUCUGCGUUCCAGAAGAAGCUAUCAGUCCCGGAGUCACCGCUAACUGGAUUGAAGCAAGACUCCCAGAUGCUUCUAAACAGCCAUGGAAAGAGAGGGGGCUGGCCAACUAUGUUGUUCUGCUUGAUUGGUUUAGUUCGGAAAAAGACUUGCAGCUAGGAACACACCUGCGGAGCCUCAAAGAUGCGCUUUUCAAGUGGGAAAGUAAAGCUGUACUGCAGACUGAACCCUUGAUCUUAGAUGGGGGUUAUGAGAACUGGCUUCUUUGUUAUCCCCAAUAUACAACAAAUGCAAAAGUAACUCCACCCCAGCGCAACAAGAAUGAAGCCGUUUCUGUCUCUUUGGACUUUACUUACCCAUCUUUGGAAGAGCCAACUCCACCUCCAGUGCCUGUUGUCCAUGUAAAACCUUCUGUGGUGGAAGUAGCUGAAGUGACUGCAAGUGAUCAGGAAAAGGGAGUAGAGAUUCUUAAACCGUCUCCUAGUGGAUCAGUUGCUGCUAUUCCUAAGAGUGAUGGUUUAUCUGCCAUAGUCCAACCCACGUCUGCAGUGAAGUUUAUACCACAUAUUGAUCGUACAAAAAAGCCUUUUGCAAAAAUUCCAGACAGUGACAAUAAACGAAGAGCUGAAAGCCCAACCAUAGGCAAGAAGCUUAUUUCAAAUGGCAGAAUGGUUCCAGAUCGUUCCACAAAACCAGCAGUGGAUGCAAAAGCUAGCCUGACAGAGGAUGAAAAAAGCAACAUACCUGCAGAAAAGGUUUUUCAGUUGGAAGAAAGCAACCAAGAAACAGAACUGCAGGAAAAGCAACAGGAAGAACAGAGAGAGAGGCUGAGUCAGGAGAAGCAAGUACAGGAGCAGAGAGGAAGAGAGGAACAUAAAGAAAGGGAAAGCAGGGAAAAUCUUCAAAAAAUAAACACUGAUAAGGAGAAGAGAGACAAAGAACAGGCCAACAGAGGGAUGGAUGAACAGCAAGAAAUGGAGAAAGCAUCCAGAGAGUUAAUAGACAUUAGAAAAACAGGUCAAAUUACAAAUGAAAUUCCUGAAGCAAGAAAACUGGAUGCUGACAAAAUUGUUGCCAGUGAAAAAGAAAAAGUUACUUGGACACCAGAAACACAAAGGCACAAAUUUACAGAAGAGUCCCAUGCACCUGUGAGGGGAGAGUCUGUCUCCAGCAAGCAAACUGGGGUCAAAGGACAACCAGAAGUAGAAUCUCAAAUGCCAGAAGCCUUUAGAGAGGAAACUGAACAACAGUCUGAAAAAAAUAAACGGGAGCCAUUAACAAGAGCACGGAGUGAGGAGAUGGGGAGGAUUAUACCAGGAUUGCCUCCUGGAUGGGUCAAGUUCCUUGAUCCAGUCACUGGGACGUUUCGUUACUACCAUUCACCGACCAAUGCCGUUCACAUGUAUCCACCAGAAAUGACUCAUUCAGCCACUCCACCUUCUACCCCACCAACUCAUAAGUCAAAACCUCAGACAGUUGAUCAGCGGGACAGGGAACCCUCCAAACUGAAGCGUUCUUACUCCUCACCAGACAUAACACAGGCCAUUCAAGAAGAUGAGAAAAAGAAAAUCACUGUUGCUCCUACUGUUAAUCGUGAGAAUAAACCAGUAUGUUAUCCUAAAACUGAAAUCUCAAGGCUUUCAGCAUCUCAGAUUCGUAAUCUCAACCCUGUAUUUGGAGGAAUGGGACCAGCUCUCACAGGCCUUCGUAAUUUAGGAAAUACUUGUUAUAUGAACUCUAUAUUGCAAUGCCUGUGUAAUGCACCACAUCUGGCAGAUUAUUUCAACAGAAAUGGCUAUCAAGAUGAUAUCAACAGGUCUAAUUUCUUGGGGCACAAAGGUGAAGUGGCUGAGGAAUUUGGCAUAAUCAUGAAAGCUCUGUGGACAGGACAAUACAGAUAUAUCAGUCCGAAAGACUUCAAAAUUACCAUUGGAAAGAUCAAUGACCAGUUUGCAGGGUACAGUCAACAGGAUUCUCAAGAAUUGCUUCUGUUUUUAAUGGACGGUCUCCAUGAGGACUUAAAUAAAGCUGACAAUAGAAAGCGUUAUAAAGAAGAAAAUAAUGAUCAUCUGGAUGACUUGAAAGCAGCUGAGCUUGCCUGGCACAAACACAAGCAGCUCAACGAGUCGAUUAUUGUUGCACUGUUUCAAGGCCAGUUCAAGUCCACAGUGCAGUGUCUUACGUGUCACAAAAAGUCUCGGACUUUUGAAGCAUUUAUGUAUUUGUCCUUGCCACUUGCAUCUACUGGUAAAUGCACACUACAGGAAUGCCUUAGAUUAUUCUCCAAAGAAGAAAAAUUGACAGAUAAUAAUCGAUUUUAUUGUAGUCAUUGCAAAACAAGAAGAGAUUCAUUGAAAAAAAUAGAAAUAUGGAAGUUGCCCCCUGUACUUUUAGUGCACUUGAAAAGGUUUUCCUAUGAUGGACGGUGGAAGCAAAAGCUUCAGUCAUCAGUUGAUUUUCCUCUGGAAAGCCUUGAUUUGUCACAAUACGUUAUUGGUCCAAAGAGUAGCUCAAAAAGAUACAAUCUGUUUGCAGUAUCUAAUCAUUAUGGAGGGCUGGAUGGAGGACACUACACAGCCUAUUGCAAAAAUGCUGCCAAACAGCGGUGGUAUAAAUUUGACGAUCACGAAGUCUCUGAGAUCUCCGCACCCUCUGUAAAAUCCUCAGCUGCUUAUAUCCUCUUUUACACUUCAUUUGAACAGCGAGCCCCUGAUAUAGCCACAUAAAGAAAUGUUGGAAGAGUAUUGGCUUCUUUUUAUAAAUGCACCAUUAUAAGCUGAGCUUUGAUGACUGUGAGAUAACUUGCUGAGUAAGGGGAAGGUGACAGCCAUUUCUUAUCUGUCUAUUACCGCUAUUGCUUAAACGUAAAAACCAAAUGGUUAACUCCGCUGCUUAAUACUGAACAAUUUGUUCCAAAACAAUUAUUUUUUAGUGAUGCUCCAAAAUUAUAAAUCUAGCUUAGCCAUUUUAAAGCCAUUAACCUAUGGGUUUAAGAUGAUCUAGAACUCAAAAGCAUAUCUUUAUUUUCUCCCACAUUUAUGGCCCUUUCACACUAACCCUUAAGCUUGAGUCUACUGUGAAUAUCUUAGACUGAUGUAAACAGGUAGGAAUGUAUGUGUACAUAUUGAUUGCAGACUUGCACAUCCAAACUAUGUAUAUAAUAAAGAUAUGUGGUCCUUUGGUGAAAAUUGCUAGAAUGAAGAAGGUUGCUUUUCUAAAUGCUUUCAUUCUUCUAGGUAGGGGAAAGCAGAGCUGUAUUUUUCUGUUGGACUAUUGUCUAUCUGUACACCUUAAAAUGUAUUCUACAGGACUGAGACUUCCCUUUUUAGUUUUUUAAUAUAAGAGUUUCAUGUACUCAUGUAUUUAAAAAAGUCUUACUGAAACAAGUAUUUGGAAAUACAAUGGCCUGUUAAACAUU